AUGGCGGCCAAGUGGUUCAAGGAGUUCCCAUCCAACCUGAAGACGGUUUCUGAGAGGGCUCGGCCGGGAAGCGGGAGCCUUGGGAAGAACCGCAAGAAUUCAACUGCUGAGCUGGGGGGCUGCCGGGGAGCUGGGGGUGGCAAGGAAGGGGGCAGCCGGCUGUCACGGGACAACCUGCAGGGUUUGCUCCAGGCYGCCACCGGGAAGAUGCGGAAGAAUUCCCGAGCGGAGGGGGGCACACCGGAGGGUCCCCCCAAAACCUACAUUAACCGCCUCAUCAAGGUGGAGGCUGCCGAGAAGAACGGGAAGGGGUACCCUGGAGCCCUGCCUGCAGGCUUGCCUGCCCCCGAGCAGGACAAAGGGAAGCCCCCCAAGACAGAGACGGUCAUCAUCCUGGAGGAUUACGCGGACCCUUACGAUGCCAAACGGACCAAGGGGCAGCGGGACGCCGAGCGCCUGGGGGAGAACGACGGAUACAUGGAACCCUACGAUGCCCAGCAGAUGAUCACAGAAAUCCGUCGUCGGGGCUCCAAGGACCCCCUGGUSAAAGCCAUCCUGCUGCUGGAUGGUCCUGGAGAGCCUGGGGAAGGGGGUGCCAAACUGGACCUUGCCAAGCGGCUGGGGGGCAAGGAGGUGGUGGGGAAGGGGCCMCAGCUCUAUGACACCCCCUAUGAGCCCGGGGAGGGGGUGGCUGSGGGGACUCCAGAGCGCAGGGUGAGGGCUGGAGAUGGGCGCCUGCCUGAGAAUGACGAGCGCCCRGCGGGGGAGUACGAGCAGCCCUGGGAGUGGAAGAAGGAGCAGAUUGUCAAAGCACUGUCAGUCCAGUUUGAGGGCUCGGAGCGUCCUAAGGAGGAGACGCUGCGGCAGCAUCUGCGCCAGAAGAGCUGGACCCCCAAGAUGCUGAAGCCGGCRGGCACCGAGCACAGCGAGGGGGAGAAAGUGGACCCUGCCCUGGCACUGGAGAAACAGCCUUGGUACCACGGGGCCAUCACGCGGGCUGAGGCCGAGAGCCGGCUGCAGACGUGCCGGGAAGCCGGCUACCUGGUGCGCACCAGCGAGACGGGCAGCGGCAAGUACUCCAUCGCGCUCAAGACCAGCCAGGGCUGCGUCCACAUCAUCGUGGCCCAGACCAAGGACAACAAGUACACGCUCAGCCAGGCCAGCGGCGUCUUCACCAGCAUCCCUGAAGUUGUGCACUACUACUCCACCGAGAAGCUGCCCUUCAAGGGGGCUGAGCACAUGGCCCUGCUGCACCCCGUCCACUGCAAGCUACAUUAGCACCUGCUGAUGUCCCCUCCGAGUGACCUGCGACACCACCCCUGUGGCACGAGACAGGACGAUGGGCAUGUGCCACGAGAAGGGUCCAGUCAGAACCCCUUUGCCAUGUCGCCAGUCCUGAGGGGACCCCACUCCUGGACUCCAGCAAGGCUGUCACCCUUUUGCUGGGAUGUAUCCUGACCCCCUGUGCCAGAACCGCCUUGAAGUUGCAGGGACACAGUGAGAUGGGGAUGUGUAAUGAUCUAGUAAAAUAAACUUGUUGCCUGAGAGGGACCUGUGGUCCUG